UUCCCGGAGGUGUCCCGAGCCGCCUGGGGAGCCCUCCCGCCCGGCCUCGGGGCGCCGCCACGGUCGUUUCCCGCGCCGUGGCCGAAGCUCGCCCGCCUCCCCGGACUCGGUGGCCCCUGCGGCGGCGGCAGGGCCCGGAGCGCCGCAGUCCGUUUCGGGGUUUAAUUCUGGCGCUCGCACGCGGGGCCGGCUCCGCCCUCUCCGCCCCGCCCCCUCCGCCGAGGUCCGGGAGCCGCGGCCGGGCGGGCGCCGCAGGUUGGGGAGCGCGCCCGGAGAAUGUUCGUCGCCCGGCUGGACGGCCUGAUGAACAGCUGAAUUGCCUCUGUCUUCGGACCACACGGGGGAGAGCGUCCAUGGGGCCGGGACACUGAUCACAGUCAUCUUCUGGCCUGACCUGGCUGAGGGUGAACGCAUUGGGGAACUUGGUGCAUAAGAUUUGCAUGACUCCUCACUCCUUUCCGGACCUGUCCCUGGAUCCCAGCCAGCAUGGCUCACACCACAAAGGUUAACGGCUGUGCCUCAGGGAAAGCAGAGGGUGUUCUGAAUGGAAAUCAUGACAAGGAACAAAAAGAUCCUUAUUUUGUGGAGACCCCCUACGGUUAUCAGCUAGACUUAGAUUUUCUCAAGUACGUGGAUGACAUACAAAAAGGAAACACCAUCAAGAAACUGAACAUCCAGAAGAGGCGGAAGCCAUCUGUGCCAUGCCCCGACAGCAGGACCGCGCCGGGCCAGCAGGGUGUGUGGACUUCCACGGAAUCCCUCUCCUCCUCCAACAGUGAUGACAACAAGCAGUGCCCCCCCUUCCUCCUCGCCAGAAGCCAAGUGACAUCGACACCAACCCCAAGGCCCCCUGCCCCUCUGGAGACCUCGCCCACUUUUCUGACCGUCCCAGAGAGUCGGCAGCUGCCUCCCCCCUCACCACAGCUCCCAAAGCACAACCUUCAUGUCACCAAGACCCUGAUGGAGACCCGGAGAAGACUGGAACAGGAGAGAGUCACCAUGCAGGUGGCACCUGGUGAGUUCCGCAGGCCCAGGCUGGCCAGUUUUGGAGGCCUGGGCUCCACGGGCUCACUGUCCUCCUUCCUGGGUUCUGGAAACCACAAUCCCACCGUGCACCCACUUCAGAACGGAUACCAAGGCAACGGGGACUACGGUGGCUAUGUCCCAGCUGCUGCCACCACAUCAUCCAUGGGGAGCUCCAUCCGCCACAGCCCCCUGAGCUCAGGGAUCUCCACUCCAGUGACCAAUGUGAGCCCCGUGCACCUGCAGCACAUCCGCGAGCAGAUGGCCAUCGCCCUGAAACGCCUGAAGGAGCUCGAGGAGCAGGUGCGAACUAUCCCUGUGCUCCAGGUCAAGAUCUCAGUCCUACAAGAGGAGAAGCGGCAGCUGGCCUCGCAGCUGAAAAACCAGAGAGCUCCAGCACAGAAUGACAUCGGUGGCGUGAGGCCACGGUCCUACAGUGCUGGGAACGCGUCCCAGCUGGAGGAGCUGUCCCGGGCCCGGCGGGGUGGCGGGGAGCUGUACAUAGACGACGAGGAGGAGAUGGCGAGCGUGGAGCAGAGCGCGCACAGCAUCCGGGAGUUCCGGCAGCUCGCGGCGGACAUGCGCGCCCUGGAGCAGAAGAUCCGUGACAGCGGCGGCGAGGCGUCCCCGGGGCCCCAGGAGGGCAGCGGGUACCGCUCCGUGGCCGUGGGAGGUGACGAGCGCAUGGACCACGUGGUCGUGUACCGCAGGGGUCCCGGGACCUGUCGGGAUGCCGCUGUGGGGACGGUCGCGGAGACGAGGAGCUGCGGGGUCGGCGUGACAGAGGCCAUGCUGGGGGUGACCACGGAGGCCGACAAAGAAAUUGAGCUGCAGCAGCAGACCAUAGAGGCCCUGAAGGAGAAGAUCUACCGCCUGGAAGUCCAGCUCAGAGAAACCACCCAUGACCGCGAGAUGACGAAACUCAAGCAGGAGCUGCAGGCCGCCGGCUCGAGGAAGAAGGUGGACAAGGCGGUGAUGGCCCAGCCGCUUGUGUGCAGCACGAUGGUGGAGGCCGUGGUGCCCACGAGGGACCAGAUGGCUGGCCGGCACGUGGAUGUGGCCGACGCGGGCGUCGGGACCUCCGUGCAGACGUGGAGCGUGGCGGUCUCCUGCCAGCCCGCUUGUGAGACCAGAGCCACGGGGCCGGAGCUGCCCAUGCAUCGGUGGGUCGUCAAGGAACGGGUGGAGACGCGGGACCAGGGUGCCGGGAGGUCGGUGGAGAUGAGCGACCAGAGCGUGGGGGUGGAGAUCAGCGUCUGCGAGACAGGCAGCAACACGGAGGAGUCUGUGAACGACCUCUCGCUCCUCAAGACCAACCUGCAUCUCAAGGAGGUGCGAUCGAUCGGCUGCGGAGAUUGCUCCAUUGACGUGACUGUCUGCCCCCCGAAGGAGUGCACGUCCCGGGGCUUGAGCACAGAAACUGUGCCCCAGGUGGAGGCCGCUGUCAUGGCGGUGCCUGCGACCACAAGCCGGCACACCAGUACGGUCUGGGAGCAGGUGGACCAGUCCACCAACACCGAGAUGGCCACCCUUGUGGACUCCUGCACCAACACCUCCCUCAGCACUUUGGACAAGCAGACCAGCACUCAGACCGUGGAGACACGGACUGUGGCCAUCGGAGAAGGCCGUGUUAAGGAUGUCAACUCCUCUGCCAAGAUGCGGUCCAUUGGAGUGGGAACGGUGCUCUCCGGCAGCUCCGAGUUUGACAGGCCGUCGGCUGUGAAGACCAAAGAGUCAGGCGUGGGGCAGAUAAAUAUUCAGGACAACUACCUGGUUGGUCUCAAGAUGAGGACCAUAGCUUGUGGUCCUCCCCAGUUGACGCUGGGGCUGGCAGCCAGCAGGAGGAGUGUAGGUGUUGGCGAUGAGCCUGUUGGAGAGUCUGCAGAGGACCCCCAGCCCCAGGCUCCUUCCGGAACGAUGAACGGCUUGGAUCACUACAUCGAGCGCGUCCAGAAGUUGCUGGCGGAGCAGCAGAAGCUGCUGGCUGAGAACUACAGUGAGCUGGCGGAAGCUUUUGGGGAGCCGCACUCCCAGAUGGGCUCUCUGAACUCGCAGCUCAUCAGCGCGCUGUCCUCCAUCAACUCCGUCAUGAAGUCGGCAAGCGCGGAGGAGCUGAGGAGCUCGGAGCUGCCAAAAAUGAGUCGGGGUCAAGUCACAGGCAGUAGUCUGGAGUACACCUGUAAGUGCGGGGGCCUUCAGGCAGGAGCUCCGUUCCACACCCAGACCUCCCAGCACGAGCAAGCAGUGGGCACCAUGGAAGGGAGACCCCUCGGCGGCCAGGACGCCUUCCCCCCUCAGGAAAGCACGCUGUGCCCGGUGAACCUGACGGACGACCAGAUAGCCGCCGGUCUCUAUGUGUGUACAAACAGUGAAAGCACACUGAAGUCUAUCAUGAAGAAGAAGGACAGCAACAAAGAUUCCAAUGGAGCCAAGAAGAAUCUUCAGUUUGUUGGCAUUAACGGAGGGUAUGAAACAACUUCAAGUGAUGAUUCCAGCUCGGAUGAAAGCUCUUCCUCCGAGUCAGAUGACGAGUGUGAUGUCAGUGAGUACCCUCCUGAAGACGAGGAGGAGGAAGAGGAGGAUGAAGACACUCGGGGAAUGGCGGAAGGGCACCAUGCCGUUAAUGUUGAAGGUUUCAAGUCCGCCAGGGUGGAAGAUGAGAUGCAGGUUCCAGAAUGUGAACCUGAGAAGGUGGAAAUCAGAGAGAGGUAUGAAUUAAGCGAAAAGAUGUUGUCUGCCUGCAACUUGCUGAAAAAUAAUAUAAAUGACCCCAAAGCUUUGACCAGCAAGGAUAUGCGGUUCUGUCUGAACACCCUGCAGCACGAGUGGUUCCGCGUGUCCAGUCAGAAGUCCGCCAGCCCGGCCAUGGUGGGCGACUACCUCGCGGCCUUCCAGGCCGUGUCCCCGGACGUGCUGCGCCACGUCAUCAACAUGGCGGACGGCAACGGCAACACGGCGCUGCACUACAGCGUGUCGCACUCCAACUUCGAGAUCGUCAAGCUGCUCCUGGACGCCGACGUGUGUAACGUGGAUCACCAGAACAAGGCGGGCUACACGCCCAUCAUGUUGGCAGCCCUGGCCGCCGUGGAAGCCGAGAAGGACAUGCGUGUCGUAGAAGAACUUUUUGGCUGCGGGGAUGUGAAUGCCAAAGCCAGCCAGGCGGGACAGACAGCGCUCAUGCUGGCGGUCAGCCACGGGCGGAUCGACAUGGUGAAGGGCCUGCUGGCCUGCGGGGCUGACGUCAACAUCCAGGACGACGAGGGCUCCACGGCGCUCAUGUGCGCCAGCGAGCACGGGCACGUGGAGAUCGUCAAGCUGCUGCUGGCCCAGCCAGGCUGCAAUGGCCACCUGGAGGACAACGAUGGCAGCACCGCACUCUCCAUAGCCCUGGAGGCCGGACACAAGGACAUUGCAGUUCUUCUGUACGCCCAUGUCAACUUCGCCAAGGCCCAGUCUCCGGGCACCCCUAGGCUGGGAAGGAAGACAUCUCCUGGUCCCACGCACCGAAGUUCAUUUGACUGAUUCUCUGCAAAAAGCCGUCCAUUUCCAUGCCUCCGUCGAGCUGCUACCUGUUCCUGUUGGGCUGACAGCUACUGAAUGUAUGCGCAUUGUGCCUGAGCCCCCAGCAGUGGAAGCUGAGCCAGCAGGAGCUGGCCAUUGGGCACACGCCGUCUCCCUCCGGCCCUCUUCCCGCAGCGUCGGGCUGCUUAUCCUGGCUCUGUUGCUGUCGGGUCUCUGCUCCGUUAUGUACAGCCGUGCGAUAUGGUAACCUGACCUGAGCGGGCAGCGUCCGUUCCUUCUCUCCCCGCCUUGCCCCUGCCAGGGAGCAUCAGCUUCUCACCAGCUUGGCGUUUUUAAAAUGUUCCACGAGUAUUUAUAUUGACUUAAUGCAGAGCCAUGGGAAAGCUCUCUGAAAAUUCCAUUCCAGAAAGGUCGUGCUGAUUUGUGUGUGUGUGUUUACUCUUGUAAAGUGAGGCGGUUGAGAUGACUGAUCGUCACCAGAACCUUGGGCCUGGUCUGGUGGGUUUCUUGUUUAAAAAUCAAAAACAGAACUCUUGAAAAGUAAAACAUUUAUGAAAGGA